AUGGUCGGCAUUGCGAGAUUUAUCGGCGGCAGCGCACACUCUGUUCAUCAUCGUGGGUUAUACCGGCAGCAGCGCACACACUGGUCAUCAUCGUUGGUUAUACCGGCAGCAGCGAACACCAUGGUCAUAAUCGCGGGUUAUACCGUCAGCAGCUCACACACUGGUCAUCAUCGUGGGUUAUACAGUCAGCAGUGCACACCAUGGUCGUCAUCUCGGGUUAUACCGUCAGCAGCGCACACACUGGUCAUCAUCGAGGGUUAUAAUGUCAGCAGCGCACACCAUGGUCAUCAUCGUGGGUUAUACAGUCAGCAGCGCACACCAUGGUCGUCAUCUCGGGUUAAACCGUCAGCACCGCACACACUGGUCAUCAUUGUGGAUUAUACAGUCAGCAGUACACACACUGGUCAUCAUCGUGGGUUAUACAGUCAGCAGCGCACACCAUGGUCGUCAUCUCGGGUUAAACCGUCAGCACCGCACACACUGGUCAUCAUCGUGGGUUAUACUGUCAGCACCGCACACACUGGUCAUCAUCGUUGGUUAUACAGUCAGCAGCGCACACACUGGUCAUCAUCUCGGGUCAUACCGUCAGCAGCGCACACACUGGUCAUCAUCGUGGGUUAUACAGUCAGCAGCGCACACCAUGGUCGUCAUCUCGGGUUAAACCGUCAGCAGCGCACACCAUGGUCGUCAUCUCGGGUUAUACAGUCAGCAGCGCACACACUGGUCAUCAUCUCGGGUCAUACCGUCAGCAGCGCACACACUGGUCGUCAUCUCGGGUUAAACCGUCAGCAGCGCAUACCAUGGUCGUCAUCUCGGGUUAUACAGUCAGCAGCGCACACACUGGUCAUCAUCUCGGGUCAUACCGUCAGCAGCGCACACACUGGUCAUCAUCGUGGGUUAUACCGUCAGCAGCGCACACACUGGUCAUCAUCGAGGGUUAUACCGUCAGCAGCGCACACACUGGUCAUCAUCGUGGGUUAUACAGUCAGCAGCGGACACACACUGGUCAUCAUCGUGGGUUAUACAGUCAGCAGCGCACACACUGGUCAUCAUCGUGGGUUAUACAGUCAGCACCGCACACACUGGUCAUCAUCGUGGGUUAUACAGUCAGCACCGCACACCAUGGUCGUCAUCUCGGGUCAUACCGUCAGCAGCGCACACACUGGUCAUUAUCGUGGGUUAUACCGUCAGCAGCGCACACACUGGUCAUCAUUGUGGGUUAUGACGUCAGCAGCACACACACUGGUCAUCAUCGUGGGUUAUACAGUCAGCAGCGCACACCAUGGUCGUCAUCUCGGGUCAUACCGUCAGCAGCGAACACACUGGCCAUCAUCGUGGGUUAUACCGUCAGCAGCGCACACACUGGUCAUCAUUGUGGAUUAUACAGUCAGCAGUACACACACUGGUCAUCAUCAUGGGUUAUACAGUCAGCAGCGCACACACUGGUCAUCAUCGUGGGUUAUACAGUCAGCAGCACACACACUGGUCAUCAUCGUGGGUUAUACAGUCAGCAGCGCACACACUGGUCAUCAUCGUGGGUUAUACCGUCAGCAGCGCACACACUGGUCAUCAUCGUGGGUUAUACCGUCAGCAGCGCACACCAUGGUCAUCAUCGUGGGUUAUACAGUCAGCAGCACACACACUGGUCAUCAUCGUGGGUAAUACAGUCAGCAGCGCACACCAUGGUCAUCAUCGUAGGUUAUACAGUCAGCAACGCACACGCUGGUCAUCAUCGAGGGUUAUACAGUCAGCACCGCACACACUGGUCAUCAUCGUGGGUUAUACAGUCAGCAGCGCACACCAUGGUCGUCAUCUCGGGUCAUACCGUCAGCAGCGUAUACACUGGUCAUCAUCGAGGGUUAUACAGUCAGAAGCGCACACCAUGGUCAUCAUCGUGGGUUAUAAUGUCAGCAGCGCACACCAUGGUCGUCAUCUCGGGUCAUACCGUCAGCAGCGCACACACUGGCCAUCAUCGUGGGUUAUACCGUCAGCAGCGCACACACUGGUCAUCAUUGUGGGUUAUGACGUCAGCAGCACACACUGGUCAUCAUCGUGGGUUAUGACGUCAGCAGCGCACACCAUGGUCGUCAUCUCGGGUCAUACCGUCAGCAGCGCACACACUGGUCAUCAUCGAGGGUUAUAAUGUCAGCAGCGCACACCAUGGCCAUCAUCGUGGGUUAUACCGUCAGCAGCGCACACACUGGUCAUCAUCGUGGGUUAUACAGUCAGCAGCGCACACCAUGGUCAUCAUCGUGGGUUAUGACGUCAGCAGCAAACACACUGGUCAUCAUCGUGGGUUAUGACGUCAGCAGCGCACACCAUGGUCGUCAUCUCGGGUCAUACCGUCAGCAGCGCACACACUGGUCAUCAUCGUGGGUUAUACCGUCAGCAGCGCACACACUGGUCAUCAUUGUGGGUUAUACAGUCAGCAGCGCACACACUGGUCAUCAUCGUGGGUUAUACCGUCAGCAGCGCACACUCUGUUCAUCAUCGUGGGUUAUACAGUCAGCAGCACACACACUGGUCAUCAUCGUGGGUUAUACAGUCAGCAGCGCACACACUGGUCAUCAUCGUGUAUUAUACCGUCAGCAGCGCACACACUGGUCAUCAUCGUGGGUUAAACAGUCAGCAGCGCACACCAUGGUCAUCGUCGUGGGUUAUACAGUCAGCAGCACACACACUGAUCAUCAUCGUGGGUUAUACAGUCAGCAGCGCACACCAUGGUCAUCAUCGUGGGUUAUACAGUCAGCAGCGCACACACUGGUCAUCAUCGUGGUUUAUACAGUCAGCAGCGCACACACUGGUCAUCAUCGUGGGUUAUACAGUCAGCAGCGCACACCAUGGUCAUCAUCGUGGGUUAUACAGUCAGCACCGCACACACUGGUCAUCAUCGAGGAUUAUACAGUCAGCAGCGCACACCAUGGUCAUCAUCGUGGGUUAUACAGUCAGCAGCGCACACACUGGUCAUCAUCGUGGGUUAUACAGUCAGCAGCGCACACCAUGGUCAUCAUCGUGGGUUAUACAGUCAGCACCGCAAACACUGGUCAUCAUCGAGGGUUAUACAGUCAGCACCGCACACACUGGUCAUCAUCGUGGGUUAUACAGUCAGCAGCGCACACCAUGGUCGUCAUCUCGGGUCAUACCGUCAGCAGCGCACACACUGGUCAUCAUCGAGGGUUAUACAGUCAGCAGCGCACACCAUGGUCAUCAUCGUGGGUUAUAAUGUCAGCAGCGCACACCAUGGUCGUCAUCUCGGGUCAUACCGUCAGCAGCGCACACACUGGCCAUCAUCGUGGGUUAUACCGUCAGCAGCGCACACACUGGUCAUCAUUGUGGGUUAUGACGUCAGCAGCACACACACUGGUCAUCAUCGUGGGUUAUGACGUCAGCAGCGCACACCAUGGUCGUCAUCUCGGGUCAUACCGUCAGCAGCGCACACCAUGGUCAUUAUCGGGGGCUUUACCAUCAGCAGCGCACACACUGGUCAUCAUCGUGAGUUAUACCGUCAGCAGCGCGUACCAUGGUCGUCAUUGCGGGUUAUACCGUCAACAGCACACACACCGGUCAUCAUCAUGGGUUAUACCGUCAGCAGCGCACACCAUGGUCGUCAUUGCGGAUUAUACCGUCCGCAGCGCACACAAUGGUCAUCAUCGUGGGCUAUACCGUCAGCAGCGCACACCAUGAUCAUCAUCGUGGGCUAUACCGUCAGCAGCACACACACUGGUUAUCAUCGUGGGUUAUACUGUCCGCAGCGCACACCAUGGUCGUAAUUGCGAUAUAUACCGUCAGCAGUGCACACACUGGUCAUUAUCACGGGUUAUACCGUCAGUAUUGCUCACAGUUGUCAUCAUCGCGGUAUAUAUCGUCAACAGCGCACACAGUGGUCAUCAUCGCUAGUUAUACCAUCAGUAUCGCACACAGUGGUCGUCAUCGCGUGUAAAACCGUUAGCAGCGCAAACAGUUGUCGUCAUUGUGGUUUAUACUGUCAGCAGCGCAAACAGUUGUCGUCAUCGCGGUAUAUACCGUCAGCAGCUCAAACAAUUGUCGUCAUCGCGGUGUUAUCCGUCGUCAGCUCAUACAAUGAUCGUCAAUGCGGGAUAUACCGUCAGCAGCGGUGUAACAUUUAAAUUGAUUUAUUUGCAUAUAUAUUUUAACGUGAUUGUUUUUAUUUUCCAGAGUCAGAUGUGACUUAAUGUAACAAAGAGUUUAUGAAUCCAAAUUGUUUUAUUAAUCAUAUUUUUUAAACAAUUCUUCACUGCUUAAACUGUUUGAAUAGUGAUAAAUGCAAUAUAACAAUAUUCAUUGUUUUAUAACCUUUCGCACUGGUCACAUUCUGUGAAUCUUUGUAUUUAACUAAAACUAUGUAAAUGCAAACUAGUAUGGACCUUCUGAGGCAACAGCUGAACAACUGUUUUGUCCGAUUCCAAGCUUACACUCUUAUUUUCAUAAAAUAACAUGUUUUUAGACUUUUAUGAUGUAACGACGUAAUAUGUUACCAAUAAAUCCAGUCAAGCGAUAAAUGCUUAUAAUGUAGACAAUACUAUACUUUCAAUAAAUUUGGAUCUGCUACAAACCAACAAACUAUGAUUUUAAAUAUUUAAUUAAACAUAAAAUAUGAUUUGGUUUUGAGACUAAUGCACAAUUGUUCAAAAUUCAAAUUAUAAACUUCAGUCAGAAUGCAAUCACGUUCCCUAUUCAACAUAUAUUUAACUAGUAGAAAGAAAUCAAAGAUCUUACCGCUGACUUUUAAAGUUUAUUCAAAUGCAUAACCAAUUCAAUGGGAAUUUUGAUUUUUAAUUAAUAUAUGUACGACGUUAUUUAAAUCGGCGAACAGAAUCAAAUCGAGUAAAGGGCCAAACAUAUCUUAAGCAUGGCAAAAAUCUGAACAGAAACUGUAUUAGGUUUUAAAUAAUGUAUGGACAUGUAUGAAACAGUUUCAAAAUAUGUUAUUUAUGUUUGCAAUUCGAAUAACAUUAAUAUGAUAUUUGCACGUUUUCUUUUUAGCUGCAAGAACGUGUGUCAUUGAGCCCGCAGUUUAUAAGAAUACAAAAAGCAUGAACGACAACUCUGCAGUUAGAUUGUGCUCCGCUAUGGUCUCAAGAGUGCAAAGAAGUGUCAAGGGACCCUGAUUGAAGAUUAAAUACCGCACCAAUAAUAAGGAUCAUCGCAAGUUUUACUGCACUGUCCGACUCGUUCUAGUCGGUAUGGUAACGUGGUAUCCCGGCGAUGAAGAAGAAAACCAGCACUGCUUUACAUACUAGUGAACGUUUAAAGAGCAGGUAACCCAUGUCUAGAUGGUUUCUUCCUGUUUCCGAUGACUGGAGUCAGUGACAAUACUUUCUCUUAAUGAUGCAUUCAUUGAACUUGCUAAUUUUUAUUAUAGUUUCGUCUGGAUUUGAUUGACGCUUGAUUAUGUGCCGUCAUUAUUUACGUAAAGUACGAUGUUUUACACUGUGAAUUCGUAAUGUUGAUAAAUACUUUGGUAGUUGAUUUAUUACCCGAUAACAUUUGACAAACGUUUAUGUAUACAUUGUUUUUACUCACGUCAUUUUGAUAAAUGUGAAUAAAAGGUUUUAUGUAGACUUCACCGCUAUUGAAUUGUGUAAAUAGAAGGUUGUAUGUAGACUUCACCACUAUUGAAUCGUAUAAAUAGAAGGUUUUAUGUAGACUUGAACACUAUUGAAUCGUGUAAAUAGAAGGUUUUAUGUAGACUUCACCACUAUUGAAUCAUGUAAAUAGAAGGUUGUAUGUAGACUUAACCUCUAUUGAAUCGUGUGAAAAGAAGGUUUUAUGUAGACUUCACCGCUAUUGAAUCGUGUAAAUAGAAGAUUGUGUGUAGACUUCACCACUAUUGAAUCGUGUAAAUAGAAGGUUGUAUGUAGACUAAACCUCUAUUGAAUCGUGUAAAUAGAAGGUUGUGUGUAGACUUUACCACUAUUGAAUCGUGUAAAUAGAAGGUUGUAUGUAGACUUCACCACUAUUGAAUCGUGUAAAUAGAAGGUUGUAUGUAGACUUCACCGCUAUUGAAUCGUGUUAAUAGAAGGUUGUAUGUAGACUUCACCGCUAUUGAAUCGUGUAAAUAGAAGUUUGUAUAUAGACUAAACUGCUAUUGAAUCGUGUAAAUAGAAGGUUUAUGUAGACUUCACCACUAUUGAAUCGUGUAAAUAGAAGGUUUUAUGUAGACUUCACCACUAUUGAAUCGCGUAAAUAGAAGGGUUAGGUAGAUUUCACCGCUAUUGAAUCGUUGUUUUACAUGGACUAGGUAGACUUCACCGCUGUUAAAUCGUUGUUUUACAUCGACUACGUAGCAUUGUUUUUGAAUUCCCAAAAUAAUUUCUAUCUGCAAAUAUAAAGGUGUAAGUGGCAGUAUGUUUUCACUGUGUAAGUCAUUUCGAAUAACCAAAUUGUAAAUGCCUUAUUCACAUUACGUUUUCACGUUCAUAUAUUUCGUUUUAUCUUCAUACUCCCAUUAAAUUGUACCUAUGUUUCAAAUUGAAGAGAACCCGCAACGCAAUAAACAUAAUGAUGCACGUGCAUAGUGGUAUAGCUGCAUGUGUAAAUAAUUUGUUUGCACAUGUUUAUUUGUAUUUUUAAAUGAUUUACAGCGGUAAAGGCAAAACGUGUUUUAAUUACCAUGUUGCCAUCAUGGUUAUGGUUUUGAUUUUAUAUACUGAGAUGUUACUUCGGGCAUUGCUGUAAAUUACAUAAUAUUAUUUCAUUCUAUUUCUUCAUUUCGGAUGAUCGUGUAAUUACCUUGUACAAAUAUUAAAUAACAUGCUGAUGGAAUGUAAAUGCAUUUAUACAUAAAUGUUGUUGUAAAUACAUAUUUUUAUAACCUGUAUGCAAUUAUAUUAAUUUACAUUUAAUUACAUUACAUUUAAUUACAUCGUUACUCUUGUAAGUUGAUUUAUUCAAACAUAAGGAUCGAUUCAAGUUUGUAGAAAAGGUUCUGAAUACUGUAAAAUACUAUUUGCUCCGAUUAAUGCAAUUAAGAAUAUAUUAAAUUAUGUAGAAACGGUUCUAAUUAUCAUAUUAUUUUUACGCAAUACAUUAUAUAACUCUGACAAAACUUUACUUUUAGUAUAUGUUUUGGUUACGAGUAACAAUCAUGCAUUAUAUUAAUUACAAUUAUUUUAUGGUUCCUGCGUAUUUGAAGCUCAAUUGGUAUUGGUAAAGUAUUUUAGUUUUGAUUUUUAAAUUUGUAAAAACUUCAUUAUUUUUCAAAAUUGUUCACGUGUUUUGUUUUAUGUUUCAAUUCGUUGAUAGAUAACCUUCAUAGAUGAAGGUUAAACGCUACUUGCAAAGUAUAACUUGUCUCCCAAAUACAAUAAACGUUAAUGCAUUAUUUAUUUUGUUUUACAUAUGUUGUUUGUGUUAAUAUAAUUGAAGUGUUACUGGAUUGUAAAUUAUUUGCAAUGUGAGAGUUGACCAGCCACAAUAUGCUGUUGUAAUGAUGCUGAUACAUGCGCAGCUUCUAUUGACCGAAAAUACAAAAUACACGGAUAGCUUUAUUGUAAGCUUGCCAAUUUGAACGAAGCUCUGCAAGUAAUUAUGCAGUUCGCGUUUUAAUUGUAUCAUGUGUUUGUCCUUUCAUUAUAGAAUGGAACUUAUUUUAUUUCUAUAUAUGAUUAACAUUUUAAAUAUUGUUUCAGAGAAUUGUACAUUGUCCAGUGCGCCAUUUUGAUUUAUUGAUCGAAAGUUUAACUGACGUUUUAAUUGCACGUGUGUGCAUAUGAAACUCAAUUGUUUGUUUUUUAUUUUACGACAUUCUGUUAAUUUUUAAAUAUGAUGUAUCAAUAUUUUUUUCUAAUUUUAAUGAACAUUGAUUGUUGAAAUUAUUGAAUGUUGAAUACACGCUAUCAAUGUAUUGAAUGUGGAAUUGUUAAUUUAACAUUUGACGAGUCAUCGAACGAUUUGUUAUACUUCCAAUUGUCGUAUGCUGCAAAGAUAAAUAGCAAAAAGUGAAUAUUUUGGUAUAUAUGAGAAAUAUUCAUCUAUGUUUGCGGAAUUAAUAUCUAAUAACUGUGUAAAACCUUGAAAAACUAAAUUCGAAAUGUGCAUUUUCAAUAAUUUACUUCUAUACGAAUGUACAGGUACAUACACAUUUCCGAAUUUUACAAUGUGGUAUAAAAAUCCGUAGUUAACGGUUAGCAAAUCUGACAAUAGUACGUCUUUGUGCUUCGUAUAUUCUAACACGAUUAUUUUACAAUAAGUAUGGGCGGUAUCCAAUGUUUUGUAAAAAGUACUGAAGAAUUCCUUGAAAUUGAACAGUGAAAUGCAAGUGCUAAAACGCGCCCGAUCACAUCGUCACAAAUUUACCGUUUCUGUUCAACGUUAUGUAACAAAAGCAUUAUAUGCUGUGAAAAAAAUCGUAAUUAAUAUGUAUAACACUUGUAAAACUAAGUUAAGUUUAUGUUAACCUUGUUUGUUUUCAUGUUGCAUCAUCUAUAGCAUCGAUAUGAGGUCGCCAUGGCGUAGAGUGGAUGGUGUCCGCCUAGCGGGCAGGAGGUCACGGGUUAGAUCCCCACUUUGGAACCGUUCUUUAGAUCUCCCCCAAAGAUACCAAGUACUGGCUCUACACAGGAAAAUGGCUCGAGAGCGUUUCAAUAUGCCUUAUGCUUUCGAUGCGAUCGAGCUUUAUAAAAAUAUAUUUAAACUAACUACAGUAUCAAUUAAUAUUAAUUAAUAUAGGUAAUUUGAUAGUCAUUUAGACACAGGACACAAACUUAAUAAUAGUACAUAAUAUAAUGUAAGAAUUAUAUUGACGUCAUAGUGUUUUGGAAAUGCUAAGAUGACGUCAUUGAUAAGCGCGGUGAUUGAGAUUCGUAGAAAGAUUAGCGGAGUAUAGAAACAUUUUUAGUAAUCAUGCAUGAGCUUUUAGAAUUAACCUAUUUAAUUAAGCUCGAUUUCAUCGAAAGCCUUAUUUUCAUUAAAACUCUCACGAGUCCGUUUCCUGGGUAGAACCAGUACUAGGUGUCUUCGGGAAGAACGCUCCCACAGUGUUGAUGAAAUCCGUGAUCUCCAGGUCGCUAAGCGGACACAACAUCCAGUACGUCACGGCGACCUCUAAGCAUCUUAGCUUAUGAGCUUUGCAAUACAGACAUUAUGUUGUAUAAUCCACGGUCAUUAGUAUUGAUGCGUAAUAAACAAUUAUAGAACAAUAUCAUUAUUCCUUUAUCUGAACUUUUUGUCUAUGUAAUUAAACAUGUAAAUGCAUGUGAUCAUUCUUAAAUAGUGAAACCAUACGAUGAAAUAAUUUCACGUCCUUUGAGCAGAUGAAAGUUUGAUAUAUUAUUAAAUUCACCAAUUUCCAUUUGCUGAAAUUAUCAUAUUUAUUGAGACUAUGUUCGUAUAAGAUCGUUUAAUUGUAUAAACCAUAGCACUGCUUAUAUUGUAUGAAUGUAAGUGCGUCGCCAACAUGAUCUUAUUACUGUUCUUGAUUUGAAUAAGAAGCUCAAGACAAUUGUUGUUCUACCAAGUUAGCAUUUAAUUAACAGUUUAUUUUGUUCUGUGUUAUUUAUUGUUUUAAUACGAUUAAUGAACUUAAUAUAUGUAUACAUCUUUUGUUCAGUACGCAGACUUUUUGUUAUUGAUUUUCAUCAAACAUCUCUAUUACAACGUGAAUAAACAAAUGAAGCAACAA